GGGGUCUUGUUUCAGGGUAUGAUGAUGCAGCGUGAUGUACAGUAACUCGAGUGAUGCAGAACGGGACGCGGCGGAGGAGUCCACCCUGGCAGCACUAGUGGCGCUAUACGUACUGGUCUCUGUCAUAGGUAUUAUUGGAAAUGUGAGUCUGAUGGCGGCGCUAGCGUCGGGCGGGGCGUCCCGUCUCCGAACACCGCAGAUGCUGAGCGCAUGCGCAGCUGACUUCCUCGUGUGCGCCGCCAGUGCACCCCUGGCCGCUACACGGGCUGCACGCGUCGAUGAGCUUCCCUGUCAAGUUACAUAUUACUUUGAGUCAUUCCCCGUGGCCGCGAGCACGCUCUCCCUGGUCGCCAUAGCUGCAGACCGCUGCGGUGCGGUGCGGCGCGGCGGCACCUCACUCUGCGCGCGCCCGCAUCUCGCUGUAAUAGCCGUAUGGAUCAUGGCGUUACUGCUAAGUGCUGCUACAUUCACUACGACCUGCGUGUCGUGUCCUCCUUUAGCCGCAGUGCACGCCCUGGUCACCUACUGCUUCCCAGUCAUAGCGGUCGCUAGAUGUCACUGGGCGGUGCGGGUGAAACUCACCGCUCUAUCACUCACAGCCCGCGCAGCACACGGCGAGCUCCCUCUCCCCGUGCCGCUCAUGAGGAGACCCACACAUGUCAUCAUUGUCGCAGGCGUAGGGCCCAGAGAACGCCGAGAUGCCGUCGAUGUUGGUGAUGUCAGAUCCAAGAAAAAGCUACAACCGAGCCUCCUAGGCCCGCAGCCCCAGACAUCAACCUUACGCUCCCGACGAAGACUCGGCAACGUCCUGAUGGGGAUAGCCGCAAUAUUUGCCAUGUGCUGGUGCCCGCACGCCGCCAUAGUGAUAGCUGGCGCGUUCGGGCUGCACGUGCCCUUCCUGCUGGCUCACUUCGCGCUGCUGCUGGGCUACGCGCACUCGGCGCUGAACGCCGUGGCCUACUGGGUGCUGAACCGGCACGCGCUGACGUCGGCGUGCGCGGCGUGGCGCCUGCCGCAGCUGCGCGUGCGGGAGGAGCGGCCCUCGUCCACGAACGAGGCGGCGCUGGGAGCCUUCCAUCCGCGCCUCGCUCGCCCCGCGCCCUCCCCCCGUCCUCCCCCUUCAAGCUUCCUUUAUUGAUGUCCGUUUAUCUUCUAAGCUCUGUCAAUCUGUGAUUCCUGUCUCUCAGUGCCUCGUAUAGUCUACAGGCGCCCCGCCUCGCCGGGGAGCCGCUCGUUUCGUCGUUAUAAACGUGGUUGUUUGAGAUUUUAUGGAGAAUAAUAUCCGUGAAGCAAUAAAGUGUAUGAAACACUUAUAGACGUUUUAUUGUGGACGUAAACGAAUGUUGACGUGUCGUAUCUUUGGACGAAAUAGCUGUGAUUUGUCCUUGAUGCAGAUCCC